AUGGGUUCCAGAUAUGCUCCCCUUCACGUUUCCACCAAGGGACCCGGCGAUGCCCGUCCAACUGCUUUGCAAAUCAUCAAAGACGAAAACCUUGAGGACGGCCUAGUCGGUAAGAGUAUCCUCAUCACUGGGUGCUCUUCAGGCCUAGGUAUUGAAACGGCACGGGCACUUUACCGGACCGGUGCUACGCUUUAUCUUACGGCCCGUGAUGUCAAAAAAAUGCAGAGUACUUUGAGCGACCUUGCUGACAGCCCUCGGGUCCAUUUCUUGCACCUUGACCUCAACUCUCUCUCUUCGGUUCGCGAAUGUGCCGAAACAUUCUUGUCAAAAAGCCAAACUCUGAACAUUCUAAUUGAAAAUGCCGGAGUGAUGGCAUGUCCGGAGGGCCGAACAGCCGAUGGAUUUGAAACGCAGUUUGGGAGUAAUUUCCUCGCUCACUUCCUUCUACUCUACCUUCUGAAGCCCUUGCUGCUGGCCUCGUCAGUCCCCGAAUUCAAUUCUCGCAUUGUCAUUGUCGCUUCUAGCGCCCAUCGAGCCUCGAGUGUCCACUUCGAUAACAUCACCCUUGCGGGUGAAUACGAACCGUGGAAGGCAUACGGCCAGAGUAAAACAGCUCUCGUCUGGGCCGCUAACGAAAUUGAGAGGCGCUAUGGGCCUCAUGGUCUACAUGCCUUCAGUUUACACCCUGGUGGAAUCCAGACGGAGCUGUUGCGUCAUGUCUCGGAUGAACAGAAGGCCACCUGGGCUAAUGACGAUGUCGUGUCAAACUACUGGAAGAGCCCAGAACAAGGGGCAGCCACGACUGUGUGGGCGGCCGUGGCAAAAGAGCUAGAAGGCCAGGGAGGGAAAUACUUAGAUAAUUGUCAGGUUGCCGGACCGCAUGAUACUGCUAAAGGGCGCUACGCCCCGGGCUAUGCCCCAUGGGCAUACGAUGCAGAUGGGGCGUCAAAGCUUUGGACAAAGACAUUGCAGAUGCUGGAGCUGGAGGAUGAAUGA